GUACACAAACUCUAAGGACUAUAUUUUGAUAAAGUUAAAUAACGUAAGACUGUUUUAAAGAUCAGGGCUGCAACUAAGUGUUUUGAGACACUGAUAGCAUGGAUCUAGAAAGAACGAACUCUGAGAAGAGUGCGAAGAAAGUAGAAGAUGUAGAGGCUGAAAAUGCAGAGCGUGAAAAUAAAGAAGAGGGAAAAGCGGAAGUACUCGCAGAACAGACAGAGUCUGCGGCCGCAACCGAGGAGCAGUGCGACGAAGAACCGGCUGAAAAUAUAUUUCUGAAGGUGCUAGGUCCCAACGAGACGGAUAACAGCAUCGAUAUAAAUAAAUUGCGGAAAGAACUAGAGCAAAUGAAAAUUCGUGACGGACUACAAACGGAAACGGCAAGAAAACCCAACAAGGGCAUUGAUAUUGAAGACAUAACAACCCUCAUGAGCACAUUGGAUUGGAUAACAGGAUUCUCGAGCAGUGAUGAUGAAAACAAUAAUGAAGGUUGCAUCAAUGAUGAUGUCAACACUGCAUCAGCGCAAAGAAAAAGUGUCCUGAAUCCAUUUACUGUGCAGGCAUUAAUGGCUGAUAGUGCCAAAGAAAAUACGGCAAGGAAGUUACGCGAUGAAUCGCCUAUAAUACCCGACUUCGAUAUUGAUUACGACAACAUAUUCGAUGACGUGGGCAAGCUGAGCAUCGUCGAAAAGCACCUGGAGCUGCUCUUCCGCCCAUUCAUUUGCGCCAUGGAUGUCAACUAUGAGUUUAACCUUUUCGAGCUGUGCAUUUUGCUCUCCGACUCCUGCUACGACCCAGACAGCCAUCCCGCCCUAUCGAUGUGCCUUAACAAUCCGCAUGCUGUCGUUAAGAUAUAUGCUAAUGGCAAAAUGACCAGCGAAAGCUUAACAGCUUCGGGCGCUCGCAUUUCGCUGCUGAAAGUCCUGCAGAUUUUACAGGACUUCGAUUACAAGGCGGAGCUCAAACAUUUCUCACACAACAUUGUGCAUGCAUCCUUUUGCAUGCCCUUCAAAAUCGACCUGUUGAAACUAACUGAAGCAUAUGCCGACCAGGUGUCUUCAAAUCGUGAGGCUCGACCAUUUGUCACAUUCAAAUUGCCGGACAACCCCAUUCGGUUUGCCCUUUUCCCCAAUGGCUUCGUUCUCGUCUUACACUCGAGCAAACACUCUGAAACACGCGUCGCCAUUGCUGAGUUGCUGCCGAUUUUGAAUCAGUUCAGAAAUGGAUAUCCAACACCAUCCGAAAAGUAUGGCCUGCAGUGUGGCGACAUCUCCUACAAGCUGCUCUGGGAGCGCAAGCUGGACGCAGACAAGAUGGGCAUACUUUUGUACUCGUAACAUGUGCUUGUCAAGGGAUAAACUAGGCAACGUUAAUCCAGAAUGUAUAUAACAGAUGUAACGAGGAAGAAAUAAACUCCAUUCUGUAGUGGCUUUCUUGUUUUUCUACGAA